UAUUCAUUAAUCAUUAUUCAUUAUAAACCGUAAUCUUGCAUCAAUAGUCAAUACAUUAAUACAUUAUUCAAUUGUUCCAAGCUAAUAAACUACAUUCGAAUAAUUAUUAUUUGCAAUCAAUCGAACUAUCAACGAAUAAAAAGCAAAAUAUUUAGAAACAAGGGACCGUGAACAAGAUAUUUUCCCAGUAUAAACCUUAGAUUUAGAAAUAUGUACAAGAAAUCGCCUAGUCCAUUAUAUGCCAAUGUUUCUGGAGUAAAGUAUAAAAGUGAAGAAUUGACUACUCAGAAUGAACCCACUUACUACAAUACAGUGACUAAUAAAAUGCCACAACCUUCCCAGGGGAUUUACAGCAAUGUAAACUACCAUGCAAAAUCCAACAACAUAUAUUCUAACAUUGCUGAAACAGGCAAACCAACUUAUAAAAAUACUCAAUAUCCAUUAUAUGACAAUUUAAAACCAUUAGUAGGUAAAGAUAACGUACAUUGUCCUCCAUCUCCAGUAAGUUCUAGUUACUCUGAACUUCAAAAAGCAGUUAGUUACGAAGAUGAUGCAAAAGAUUUUGAUAACUCUUCUUCACAAGCAUCAAAAAUGUAUGAAUCAAUCUAUGAGCCUAUUAAUGCUGUUCGUCCACCUAGUGAGUUAUCAUCUACAUAUUCAAUGAGCAGUCUUUCGCAGUCCAUUACUACUCGUGAACAUGAAACUGAAGUUGAUUCCCUAACUGAUCUCCUUGUAAAUUCAAUGUCAGUCAAUGACGGGAAAAAAAGCUUAGAUAGUAAUGCAAGUUCUUUAGAUUGGAAUUGUACUAAAUGCAAUGAAAAAGUAAUGGAAGAAGGUCUUGGAUGCACAGCGAUGGGUAAUAUUUAUCAUAUAAAAUGUUUUACCUGUACCCAUUGCGGAGAUCAAUUAGAAGGAAAACCAUUUUAUCACAUUGAUAACAAGCCAUACUGUGAAGAGGGCUAUUUGGAUACACUGGAAAAAUGUUCUGUUUGUCAAAUACCCAUUUUGGAUAGAAUACUAAGAGCAACAGGACGGCCAUAUCAUCCACAUUGUUUUCGAUGUAUUGUAUGCUCUACAUUAUUAGAUGGUAUACCCUUCACUAUUGAUGCAGCCAAUCAAAUAUAUUGUAUUGAUGAUUUUCACAAGAAAUUUGCUCCAAAAUGCAGUGUAUGCCAAUUUCCUAUUAUGCCAGAAGUUGGUCAAGACGAAACUGUAAGAUUUGUAGCAUUGGACCGAAGUUUCCAUGUACAAUGCUAUAGAUGUGAAGAUUGUGAUACUUUAUUAGGAUCAGAAGCUGAAGGUAGAGGAUGUUAUCCAUUAGAUGACCAUGUAUUGUGUAAAAGUUGUAAUGCUAAAAGAGUUCAAGCAUUAACAUCUACCAUGAUUACUGAGCUUUAAAUAACACUAUAUCCAAGCUUCACAAAAUAUUCCUAAUUUGAACUCAGCAAUUAAAUGUUUGAAAUUAACUACUUAAGUUUAUUAUUGAACACUAUUUACGAGUCAAAUUAUAGCUAUUUAAACAUCAAAACCAUCUUAUUUAUCCAUUAUAUUUAAAUAUAUCUAU